CUCAGCGCGGAGCUAAGGGAGCGAGCUCGGGGCCGGUCCGCGCAUGCGCACAGCGGGGCCGGCGGGGGGGUUGCCGUGGCUCCGGCCUGAGACGGAGAGGGACCGGGAGAGACAGAGCGACAGAGAGAGAGAGAGAGAGAGAGAGCGAGCGAGCGAGCGAGCGAGCGCCAGAGAGCCCCGGCCGCGGCCCGUUACUCCGUUGGGAGGCCCGCGCCAGGGACCGCCCGUCCUUCCUUUCCGUCCGUCCCUCCGCCCGAGCCUGUGCGGACAGAGACAGAGAGACAGAGAGACAGAGAGAGAGAGAGAGAGAGAGAGAGAGAGAGAGAGAGAGAGAGGGGGGCCGCCGCCGCCCGGGCCCCGGGGCCUGAGGAGGGAUGAAGGACCGGCUGCCGGACUUGACAUCGUUUAAGAAAAAUGAAGAUGGCGAAACAACAGUUGUUGUUGAAAAGGACCAUUUCAUGGAUGAUUUCUUCCACCAAGUUGAGGACCUGAGGAGCAAUAUAGCUAAAAUUGCCCAAAAUGUUGAAGAAGUAAAAAAAACACACAGUAUCAUCCUUUCAGCACCAAAUCCAGAUGGAAGAACAAAAGAAGACUUAGAAGACCUGAAUAAAGAAAUCAAGAAAAUCGCUAAUAAAAUUAGAGCUAAGUUAAAGUCUAUUGAGCAGAGUUUCGAUCAAGAUGAGAACGCCAACCGAACUUCAGUAGAUCUCCGAAUACGAAAAACACAGCAUUCAGUUCUGUCUCGAAAGUUUGUGGACGUCAUGACAGAAUAUAAUGAAACCCAAACUCUGUUUCGGGAACGAAGCAAAGGACGGAUACAACGUCAGCUAGAAAUUACUGGAAAAAGCACCACUGAUGAAGAACUGGAAGAGAUGUUGGAAAGUGGGAAUCCUUCCAUUUUCACUUCUGAUAUUAUAUCAGAUUCGCAAAUUACUAGACAAGCACUCAAUGAAAUUGAGUCACGCCACAAAGAUAUCAUGAAACUGGAGUCCAGUAUACGAGAACUACACGAAAUGUUUAUGGACAUGGCGAUGUUUGUUGAGACUCAGGGCGAAAUGAUCAACAAUAUAGAAAAAAAUGUUAUGAACGCAUCAGACUAUGUAGAGCAUGCUAAAGAAGAAACUAAAAAAGCUGUUAAAUACCAAAGCAAAGCACGAAGGAAAAAGUGGAUAAUUGUUGCUGUAUCGCUGGUGCUGCUUGCCUUAAUUGCCCUAAUUAUUGGUUUAUCAGUUGGCAUUUGAUGGUGUGUGGAUAACUUCAGUAUGCAUGCCUCUCUGCCAAUGUGGCAAAAAUGAUGUUCGUAAUUAUUUGUGUAGCUAUUUUGCUUGUGAUCCUUGGAAUUAUCCUAGCAACCACAUUGACAUAGCAACUACCUACCAGGAGCUGAGGAAUUUUGGAGAUGUGCAACAUGUUGGCAAAGAAGCCAGUACCGUGAUUUUGGCAAAUAUACUUGAACAGAACGAUCUGUAACUUCCAACGCCGAUUUGAUCAUUAGCGAAUUCAAGGUGAAAACCUAAGAGGAACUAAUGUUUAAAUGUGUCUCUAGCAGAGUGAUUGUAGUGAAUGCACUUUGGCUGUAACAUGUUACAAAAAUUUGAAAGUGUGAAAUUUCUUUUAAUGGUUUAAAAUAAUGGAUGAUUGAAGAAUUCCACUUUGGAUAUUUCAGUGUUAAAAAUAUCAAGCUUAAUGAAGAAUACUUUUAUGAAGCCAGUGCGCUUCAGCUACGCACCUUCAUUUUCUUCCUCUAAUAUAUUCCAAUUAAGAGAAGUUUUUGUACUUCAUUUACUCUUGUUUAGCUCUUGUUGGCAAAAUUCCGAUUAUUCAAACAGCUGCUUAUAAUUUUUGCACCUAUUAACUGUUUGAUACAUUAACAUCUCUUCCAUUUUAAAUACUAAAUGUUGCCUUGGUAAAAAAACUUAAGCAUUUCACUUUACAAUACAAUGUGUUUAAACACAGCGCAUUAUAUAACAGCCAUGAAGUAUCCUUAAAGAAAUUUAAGUGCCUCUGUUAAUAGUGACUUUUAAAUUAAUUAAUCUUUUGAAAGCUCUUUAGAAGAGAAUCCAGAUUACUGUCCUUCGUUACUACCUUUCUUGUUAGCCACAAUAAUAAACAAUCAGUCUCUUCGUUGUAAAGUUGAUCUUUAAAAAAAUUCAGCUUUGUACUUUUUGCACAUUAUUCAAACUAGAAAUAAAAUGUAGCAGUGAACUGUACAUAUGUGUGUUGUAGCCCAAAAUAGCUUAUCCCAGAUGCAUCCCAAAUCAAAUUAUAUGAAAGAUUAUUUCCAUCUUAAUUAAUUGGUCAUGAAUUAGCCACGCAUUUAAUGUUCUAUGCAUAAUUAACAUGGCAUUUCUUAAUUUUCAAAAGUUCCCAUACUUCUUGAAGUCUGGGUUUGAUUCGGGUAAUAUAAUAAAGUACCUAAUUUAUUUCCUAUGCAUUUCCUAGCGUGGUGCUGCUGUGUUGUGAGAUUUAUUCCAUGUACUUAACACUAAUAAAGUGUUUGUAAUGCAUGUACAGUUAUAAAGAUAUCAACUUGUGAAAUGAAGUGAAUAUUUUAAAUAUAUCCAAAAUAUAGCCAACUUUCAUGUUUUAAGCCAAGCUUUGUGACUGUAUAUCACUGUAAAAGUGCCUGUAUUUUUGCUUCCUUUUGUUUUGAAUUUGCUGUAGAUAUAUUUAUAUCCAAACGGAAAGGUGCAAAGUGAAUGUAUAGUAAGUUACUGUUGAGCAGUUUCAAAACUGUCUGCCUUAUUUAAUACAGUUUUAAAUUUCAGUAGGUGCCUCAUACGUGGUUUCUAAAGAUCAUUUUAUUUUGCUAAAUGCCACGUUCUUGCUCUGUCUUUAAAAGUUCAGUAAUCAUACUCAUAUUCAUUCCAAAUAUUCGUGUGUAAACAAAUAGAUCAAUAGAAUGUGCUUGCUGAUCUAUACAUUAGUUAAAUGCAAUGUGCUGUUUGUCCUAAAGGCUACUACAAUAUGAUUCUUAGGGAACUAAUGUCACGGUGGUGAACAGAAUCCUUUAUAUGGCUUUUUGUACGUCUACUUGGCUGUGGAAAUAUGUGCUAACGUAGUACUGUGUGCUGACGAACAGUCUUUGCCCACUCCUUUAGGGCUCAAUAUUAAAAAUUCAUCUCCUUUUUGGUGAAGUCA